GUACAUGUACAGCGAUGAGAUCGAGUUGGGGGCGGACACAGUGCUCGCCACACUCUACGCUGCCAAGAAGUACAUCGUUCCUGCUCUGGCAAGGGCCUGUGUCGCCUUCCUGGAGACGUCUCUAGAGGCGAAGAACGCCUGUGUCCUGCUGUCUCAGAGCCGGCUGUUCGAGGAGCCGGAGCUGACACAGCGCUGCUGGGAGGUGAUUGAUGCUCAGGCCGAACUGGCUUUGCGAUCCGAAGGCUUCUGUGAGAUUGAUCUGCCCACGCUGGAGAUCAUCCUGCAGAGAGAUUCGCUCAACGUCCGCGAGGUCCUGAUCUUCCAGGCGGCGCUGAGCUGGGCAGCAGCUGAGUGUCGACGUCAGGGCCUGGCUGUGACCCCCAGGAACCAGCGGGUGGUGCUGGGUAAGGCUCUGUACCUGGUCCGGAUCCCCUCCAUGACGCUGCAGGAGUUUGCGGAUGGGGCCGCGCAGUCGGACAUCCUGACACUGAAAGAGACUCAUGACAUCUUCCUAUGGUUCACUGCCUCCAACAAACCCAGACUGGAGUUCCCGCUGGUGAAGCGGGCCGGCUUGGCACCGCAGAGGUGCCACCGCUUCCAGUCCUCAGCCUACCGCAGCAACCAGUGGCGCUACAGAGGGCGCUGCGACAGCAUCCAGUUCGCAGUGGACCGCCGGAUCUUCAUAGCUGGACUCGGUCUGUAUGGGUCGAGCGGCGGCAAGGCUGAGUACAGCGUGAAGAUUGAACUGAAGAAGCAGGGAACCAUUCUUGCCCAGAACCUUACAAAGUUCCUGUCAGACGGAUCAAGCAGCACUUUCCCUGUGUGGUUUGAACACCCAGUCCAGGUAGAACAGGACACCUUCUACACAGUCAGUGCCGUCCUGGACGGAAACGAGCUCAGUUACUUUGGUCAGGAGGGGAUGACCGAGGUGCAGUGUGGGAAAGUGACCUUCCAGUUUCAGUGCUCGUCGGACAGUACCAACGGGACCGGUGUGCAGGGAGGGCAGAUCCCUGAACUGGUCUUUUACUGCUGAACCAGAACUGGGACUUGAGAUCUUUAAUCAGUGAUUGUGACUGCCACAGUAAAACUAAAGCUAAUUGGUUUGUUUAAUGUCUGAACAUUAAAGUGACUAAAACUCA